GCGAGGGGCCCCCGCCGGGGGCGGAGGCGAGCGCCGGCCGGCGGCGCAGCGUGCUGACCUCGCAGAUGCUCCCCGAGGCCCCGCGGGCCGCCGCGGCCGCGGAGCCCGGCGCCGCUCGUGCCCCGGCCCGCUCGUCGGCCUCGGCCGCAGCGCUGCUGCCCUUGGAGCGCUGCGUGGCGGCAAUCGACAUGGAUUGCUUCUACGCCCAGUGCGAGGAGCUCCGCCGCCCAGAGCUCCGCGGCAAGCCCGUCGGCGUGCAGCAAAAGAUGCUCGUGAUCACCUCGAACUACGCCGCCCGGGCCUUCGGUAUCCAGAAGGGGGACUCCCUGCGAGUUGUGAGGGAGAAGUGCCCCGGCAUCGUCAUUUGCAACGGCGAGGAUCUUUCCUUUUACGAGGAGGUGUCCAAGCGCGUGUUCGAUGUUGCGUCCAGAUGGUCUAAGAAGGUGGAGAAGCUCGGGCUCGACGAGGUGUUCGUCGAUCUCACCGAGUUAGUCGCCGAGCGGCUGGCAUCCCUCCAGCGCGACCCAGGUAGCGUGCCGAGGCUGGUGCAGACAGGGCAGCUGUACCCGGCGAAGGGGACCGACGAGGGCGAUCCCGAAGACCCCGGCGUGUCGCAUCUCGCGAUGACGGACUGGCGGGCCAUGGGCGACGAGGACCGCUGCCGCGUGAGGCUCAGCGUCGCAUCGGAGCUGUGCGCCGAGCUCCGCGCCUCUAUCCGACAAGACGUGGGCCUCACCUCAUCCGCGGGCGUGAGCGUGUCCAAGCUGCUUGCCAAGCUGGUUGCGUCCUGGAGGAAGCCAGACCAGCAGACGGUGCUCCUGCCCACGGCGGAGCGGCUGGCGAGCCUGCUUCCCGACCACCUGCCGGUCCAGAAGAUCCCGGGCAUCGGGUUCUCCUCAACGCAGAAGUGCCACGACAUGGGCAUCGUGACGAUCGAGGACUUCAUCGUCGCUUCCGACCCCGCCGGGGCUGGCAGCAGGCGGGGCCUGUUGCUGGGCAGGUUUGACGAGAAGGCGGUUGCGGGGAUGCGUGCCCUGUGCCUCGGCGUGGACGCGAGCGAGGUGAAGCCGACUGGACCCCCGAAGAGCUGCUCCGCGGAGGACUCGUUCUGGGCGUCGCCGCUGCGAUCCGACGCGGAGGUUGCGAAGCACCUCGAGGCUCUGGCGCGGAAGCUCCUGGUCAAGGUCCGAGCGGACGAGCGGCACCACGGCUGCCGAAGCAUCCCGACGCUCGCGGUGAGCCUGCGCCACGCGCCUCGCAGCGACAGCUCGGACGACACCGCGCGGCGCGAGCGGAGGCAGAUGCACCUCGACGGCGGUCUGCGCAUCGCGAGCGGAAGCGCAGCGGGCUCCACGGGCACGACGACGAUGGGCGCUGGCCCGAGCGCCGCCUGCAGCGAGGCCGCGCCUUCGGCCUUGCUGUCGGAGGCCGACGGCCUCAAGGCCCGGCAGGUGGCGGAGCGGGCCUUCGGCCUGUUCCGGAAGAUGGUGCCCAGCGAGCCGUUCGCGCUGCACAUCCUCAGCCUGCAGGUGCAGUUCGACGAGGCCGUGCCGCUUUCCCAGCGCCUCCUGCAGUUCGCACCCCGCGACGAGGCAGCUUCCGGCGUGGCGGCCGCUGCAAACGGCCUGCCGCAGGCAGCCGGCGCUGGCAGCCCCGUCGCACGCGACCGGAGGGCUUCUGCCAGCGUGGCGGCACCCGAGGGUUCCUGCGGCUCCCCCGGGGCGGCGAUCGCCAGCGGCAGGGGGCCAGGCAAGCGUCCACAGGCAGCAGAGUUCUUCAGCCAGUCGCGCCUCAGCUUCAUCGGCUCGUGGCGCGCCCGGUUCAGAAAGUUCAUGAAGGAGCUGCUGGAGGUCGAGGCGGGGGCGCGCUCCAGAGGUGUGUCCGCAGAUUUUUCCACGGAGCUGCGAGAGUUGGCUGCGCAGGGCGAAGCUUGCACAGACGGCCGAUUGGCUUGCACCAACUUCCUCCACAUCGACAUGGACUGCUUUUUCGUCUCCGUCGCCCUCGGCGGCCCGUCCGCCGCCCCAGCCGCGGUGACGUCUGGGCGUGGGGACACGUCCGAGGUCUGCAGUGCCAACUACGCCGCCCGAGGGCACGGGAUCUGUGCCAACAUGUUCCUCAAAGAGGCGAGGGCCAGGUGCCCAGAGCUCGACGUCAUCCCGACGACGCCGGAGCUUUUCGAUCAGUUUGCGCAGACGUCGCGAGAGGUCUACAGGAUCCUCCUGAGCGUCACUGAGCGAAUCGAGCCGCUCUCGUGCGACGAGAUGUUCCUCCAACUCACUGGUGCCGAAGGGCCGCGCUACCCGCCGGUCGGCCUGGCCGCGGCCCUCAGAGCGGAGAUUUUGCGCACCACCGGGUGCCCCGCCAGCAUCGGCAUCGGCCCUAGCACCGUCUUGGCGCGCUGGGCCACGCGGCGGGCCAAGCCGCCGGGCGACGGUGUCUACCACACGCCACUGGAGCGCGCCCUGGCAGAGCUCGACGCGUGCCCCACGAGGAGCCUCUCGGGCGUCGGCGGCUCCACAGCCACGCGGCUGGAGGCCAUGGGCGCGCGCACCUGCGGCGAGGCGCGGCGGCUGCCCCCGCAGGACCUGCAGAGCGCCUUCGGCGCGACCCUGGGUCUCCACAUCGCAGCGAUGGUGCGCGGGGAGGAUCCGAAAGAGAUGCAGUUCGACGUCAGGCGCAGCUUGUCCGAGAGGCCCAACUCCAUGUCCAGCGAGGUGAACUGGGGCGUGCGGCUGUCCGAGCGCCACGAGGCCGAGGCGAUGGUGGAGGACAUCUGCCGGCAGCUGGCGCGACGGUUGCAGGAGGAGGAGCCGCAGCUGCUCGCUGGGACCGUGCGCCUCACCCUGCGCGUGCGGCAGCCGGGCGCUCCCGAGCCCACGAAGGCAGGAGGGCACGGACUGUGCGACCUGUGGUCGAGGAGCGAGCGUCUGCCGGGCGCGGGCUCCCACGAUGCGGCAGCGUUGGCGCAGGCUGGGCGGCGGCUGUUAGCUGCGUGCGGUGCGCCAGUGGCCGAGCUGCGCGGCGUGGGCGUGUCGGUGGGGCGGCUGGCGGAUGCCUCGCAGGGCGGCGGCACCAUCUUGCGCUGGCUCAAGAAAGAGCCCGCCGAGGGUGCCGAAGGCGAUGUGGCCGCUGCUGCAGGCGGGGCGGUGUCAGCAGCGCCCCUCGACUCGGUCUGCGUCUCGGACGGCUCCGACGAAGACAUGCCGCCCGCUUCCGCUGGGCGCAGGGCUGCGACGGAGGCCUGCGGCGAGGUGGCACCAGACGCUGCCAAGGCCCUGGCCGCGAUGGGCUUCGCAGCCGUGGACGCGGCAGAGGCUCUUAGGGCUGUUGGUGGCGCAGACCUGCAGGUGGCCGUGGAAUGGCUGCUCGAGCGAGCACGCGACGCUGGCCCAAGGGCGGCAGCAGCAGCGGCAGCGGUCGCGCCUCCGCAGGCGCGCGAGGCCCGCCGCGUGAGCGGCGCGGGGCAGCGGCGCAGUUCGGUUCCGUCCGCCUCGCAGGCCGAUCUCUGGAGGUUCGCGGCCAGGGUGUCAGGGCAGCCGCUGGAGCCCGCAGAUCCGAUCUGCAUAGACUGACUGGCUCCCGCGCGCGGCGGGACAGUGAACCUGUUGCGAUGGGCCUGCCAGCGUUCCACCUGGUGCCCAGUGAGUGGCCGCCCGUGGGCGCCCCGCGCGUUGAGUGGGUCUGCCGGAGUCGCCCAGUGCCCGCUCGUGGCCACCCGUGGGCGCCCGGCGGGCGUCCCGUUGGCGGCCAGCCGCCAGUGGGCGCCUCGUGGGCGCCUGCAGAGCUUGCACCACGUAGAUGGCACCACAUCGAUUGCACAGCAUAGCAAGCAGCUAGCGCCACAUGGCUCGCGACGCAUCGAUUUUCCUG